AUGGCUGACUUGCGACGCCAUUUGAAAAACCGACAGGGACGUGGUUAUAGGCGCCAAUUAUCAUUUUUGGAACUCUGUCGUACCUGCAACGAAGAUUUUAUUCACAAAGAAGUUUUUGAAUCUCAACAUGGCUACCGAGGGGAGCUCUGCAACAACCGCCAACCCCAGCGCAGAAAUGCCAAUGCACAAGUGCAAUGGGAACUGCUGCAUUGCCAAGUGGAGGCAGAAAUGUCUUCAAAACAUGACCCUAAAUGUGCGUCCUCUCUUCUGUCUAUAGCCUACAGAGACGGUAUUAACAUUACCACCUAA